AAAAAAUUGAAAUAGUGGUUAGAGGGGAUGUGAGGGAACUUUCUGGAGUGAUGAUUAUGUUCUCUAUCUUAAUAGAGAUAUAUAGGUGUAUGCAUUUGUCAAAAACUCAAUAUACAUGUAAGAUUUAUGCAUUUUUUGUAUUUGAAUUUUACCUCAAAAGAAAAAUGUAAACAAAUAUUGAACUUCAGUUAAUGCUAUGUAUGCUGUAAUAUUUAAAGGGAAGUGUACUGACUUGUGCAAUAUAUGAAUAUACAUACUUUGAAAUGCCUGAAAAGACAAAAUGGAGGGAAGAAUGGGUAGAUAUGUGAUAAAGUAAGUAUAUAAAAUGUUAAUGAUAGACUUGUAAGAUACAAGCAUUCACUGUAAAAUGCUAAGCUUUGAAAAAGUAAAAUUAUUGGAAAAAUAUUAAUUUAUAAUAGAACUGUUUAUGCAAGGUUCAUUGUCUUAUAAACUCUUUUGUUUUUGCUGCAAUGAUUUUUUUCCUGAUUUCAUAUGUGUACUUGUAGCUGUCUGAUAAUUUUUGAGAAUUUAUCUUUACUGUUAAUUAUACUAAAUGUUAGCCUUAUUUGAGGAGUCAGAUUACAGAAAAAUUUCAUUCUAGCUCAUUAGUACAAUUGUCUUUCUUUGGGGCUAUCAUUACAGUUUUACUUUUUUUUUUUUAAGAAUAGGACUGAAUAGCAGUGCCUUCAGAAAAAUUGUUAAAAGUCAUGUGGUUUUUCUGGGAUUGUAUUGCAUGUUGCUUAUAAUAAUGUCUUUUUUUUCUUUAUUGAUGGGGAAGAGGAAGGGAAUGGUAGAAUUUUACCAAUUUCAGGUACCACCUAGCAUGGACUUUGAAAAUAGAUGGGCCAGGGUUGUAAAACAAUUAGUGUCAUAAUGUCUGGCUGCCACGUACAGCCUGAGCAUGAGCCCAAUCCAGAAGAAGCAGAGUUGGGUAAAAGAAUCUUGAGUCCAGUCAUACCCAUCUUUUUCACUUAAGCCAGUUUUAGUCAGGCUUCCUAUCAUUUGCAGGAAGGAUACUCCACAAAGGUGCUCACCUGUAUGUAUCUAUCAGUAGCAUUGCUUAACAGCUUCUUUAUUUCCUGAGUGAUUCUAUGGACUGGCUGGUAUGUCUCUGUAUCACACAUACUUUGCUUGUAUAAUUGUUGUUGUAUCUGCUGAUUAGAUUGUAAGUUCUUUGAGGGGAGAGACUGUCUUACUAAUGUUAAAUAUACUUUUUCUCCCCAUAUAGAUACAGGAAUAAAUACCCAUAUCUGUGCUGUUCAGUAGCCACUGGUCUUUUGUGGUUUUGGGGAAUUUGACAUGUGGCUCGUCCCAACUGAGAUGUUUUAAACCCUUGGUUUUAGUCAAAUACAUCACGUCUAUUAAAGGAAACCAUACCUGAAGUGGAAGUGGAAAUCUAAUGUAUGAAGAUAUAAAAACUGCUUUAGUUGAUUCAAAAUGGGAACGACAAGUGAUGAGAUGGUAUCUGUGGAACACACCUCCUCCUCCUCCUUCAAUCCUCUGUGUUUUGAAUGUGGUCAGCAGCACUGGACAAGAGAAAAUCACUUGUAUAAUUACCAGAAUGAAGUGGAUGACGACCUGGUCUGCCAUAUUUGCCUUCAGCCCCUAUUGCAGCCACUAGAUACCCCCUGUGGACACACAUUCUGCUGCAAGUGCCUCAGAAAUUUCUUACAAGAGAAAGAUUUCUGUCCAUUGGACCGCAAAAGACUUCACUUUAAGUUGUGUAAGAAGUCUAGUAUUCUAGUUCAUAAACUUCUGGACAAAUUAUUAGUAUCCUGUCCAUUUUCUUCAGUGUGCCAAGAUGUAAUGCAGCGCUGUGAUCUGGAGGCACAUCUUAAAAACAGAUGCCCUGGAGCUUCUCAUCGGAGAGUUGUCCUAGAGAGAAGGAAAACCAGUAAAACUCAGACAGAGAUUGAGAAUGAAAAUGGAACCACUAUACUAGAUCCCCCAGGUGCCCCAUCACCCGAAACGGACUGCUCAGCGACAGGCGCAGUGCCCGCUGAGCAGAACUUGGCCUCAGCCUCUCUUCCUGCCUGGACUGAGGAGCCUGGCCUGGACAACCCUGCCUUCGAGGAGAGCGCCACUGCCGAUACAGCCACACAACAGCCACCUAGUUUACCAGAAGGCGAAAUCACCACGAUUGAAAUUCACCGAUCUAAUCCUUAUAUUCAGUUAGGAAUUAGCAUUGUGGGUGGCAACGAAACACCACUGAUUAACAUCGUUAUCCAGGAAGUCUAUCGGGAUGGGAUAAUUGCCAGGGACGGAAGACUCCUUGCUGGAGACCAGAUUCUUCAGGUCAACAACUAUGAUAUUAGCAAUGUGUCCCACAACUAUGCCAGAGCUGUCCUUUCGCAGCCCUGCAGUACCCUGCAGCUCACUGUGCUUCGAGAGAGACGCUUUGGUAACCGAGCGCAUAGUCUUUCUGAUGGGAACUGUCUCCGAGAAGAGAUUUUCCAUGUGGUUCUUCAUAAACGAGACUCUGGUGAACAGCUUGGCAUCAAACUUGUACGAAGGACAGAUGAGCCAGGAGUUUUCAUUCUUGACCUGUUGGAAGGGGGGCUUGCUGCACAGGAUGGGAGGCUCAGCAGCAAUGAUCGCGUGCUUGCCAUCAAUGGGCAUGACCUCAAGCAUGGGACUCCUGAGCUUGCCGCCCAGAUCAUUCAGGCUAGUGGAGAAAGGGUGAAUUUAACAAUUGGUAGACCAGGGAAACCCCAGCCUGGUAACACUAUCCGAGAAGCAGGAACUCAGAGCAGCAGCCAGCAGCAAGCGCAGCCGCUGUAUUACAGCAGACCCAGCUCACAUAAGGAUCUUACCCAGUGUGUUACAUGCCAAGAAAAGCACAUUACUGUAAAGAAGGAACCCCACGAAUCCCUUGGAAUGACCGUGGCUGGGGGCAGAGGAAGUAAGAGUGGUGAACUGCCCAUCUUUGUGACCAGUGUGCCGCCUCAUGGCUGCCUCGCGCGCGAUGGCAGAAUCAAGAGAGGUGAUGUAUUGUUGAAUAUCAAUGGCAUUGAUUUGACCAAUUUAAGUCACAGUGAGGCUGUUGCUAUGCUAAAAGCCAGUGCUGCAUCCCCCGCUGUUGCCCUUAAAGCCCUUGAGGUCCAGGUUGUUGAGGAGGCUGCCCAGGCCACGGAUGAGCAGCCAAGCGCUUUCAGUGACAACGAGUAUGAUGCCAGUUGGUCCCCAUCGUGGAUCAUGUGGCUUGGGCUUCCCAGUUCCCUUCACAGCUGCCAUGAUAUAGUUUUACGAAGAAGCUACUUGGGAAGUUGGGGCUUUAGUAUUGUUGGUGGAUAUGAAGAGAACCACACCAAUCAGCCUUUCUUCAUUAAAACCAUUGUCUUGGGAACUCCUGCUUAUUAUGAUGGAAGAUUAAAAUGUGGAGAUAUGAUCGUGGCGGUGAACGGUCUGUCAACUGUGGGCAUGAGCCAUUCUGCAUUAGUUCCCAUGCUGAAGGAGCAGAGGAACAAAGUCACCCUGACGGUUAUUUGCUGGCCUGGCAGCCUGGUGUAGAUUUUGAAAUUGGUUUUGAGUCAAACAUCUUUCUUUUUUAGGUUUUGGAAAGAAAACCCUUUUGCUUUAUUGUAUUUCUGGCUGUUAGGAACUACUGACACAGCUGGUAAAUGCAGGGCCCCAAACCACUAAGAUUGUCCUUUUGCUGUUAUUUACAUGGUUUUCCUCAAGUUAGCCACUUUUUUUUCCUCUUGGAAACAGUCUUCCACUAACCCUGUGAGUUCGUAUUUUCAGAACGAGACCUAUAAUAAUGAAUGAAGUCUCCCCAAACUGUGACCCAGCCAGCUAGGUUCAAGGACUUGUGGUGGCUCUGUGCUUUUAUUGACUGAAUCCGAUGAUGAGUUACACAUGCCCAAGGCUGGUAUCAGUGACGACAGGAGCAAUAGCACUUGCUAUCGCUGUUGCUACCAACCAACGCCAUGGAUGGCUGGAUUUUAAAUUUGGAUAGUAACCGUUCCCAUUUCCCAUAGGUGCCAACAUUUCAAAACUUCAUAAUGUUUAUAAGGUGAUCUUUCUGGCUUAUUUUUUCUUUAAUCAUUCAGUGAUCAUAGAUGAUGAAGAUACAAGUUUGACACCACAAAAGAGAUUUAUUAAAAAAAACAAAAAACAACAACAAAAACACACCUUUAUUAGAAUAGUAGAGAGUAAAAGAUAACAUUAUCCAGUGACACAGGAAUAUGAGAGGUAAUUAUAGUUUAGUGCUGGAGAUGGUAAAAGCUGCAUCUUUUUGAACAGUCCAAAAGCGUUAAAGAUUCAUUUCCAAAGGAAUGUUUUACACGGGAAAUUUUUGAAGCAGUUUUUGCUAAAAAUUAUUUUCUAGAGUUUAUAUUAUCCUUCUGUCAGCACACUUGGCUGGAAACAUUUUUGUGAUUUAUGCAAUUAGAUGACAAAGAUAAAACCAUUCAAUACACACAUACCCAUCACAGCAAAGUAGGAGAAGCUAGACCUUUUUUAUUUUAUUCUGGUAAAAUUCUUGAGUGUUUUAGAAACCCUUAUUUUUUCCCCAUUAUUCCUUUACUUAGGAACUUAAUUAUUUUUUUAAAAAGUGAAAAGUUCUGUCUUAGUUUUUUUAUCUGAAAUAGUAGGUUUUAGAUGUGAAUAUCUUUCAAUCAGUUUUUGGUCACUAGACUAUUUCAUAUUUUUUGAGAUUUCUUGAAAGCUCUGACCGGCCUGUUAUGUUUGUCCUUUACUCAAUAUGGUUGUCGUUUGGAAGAGCACAUCAAGGAGUGAAAAGAGAAAAUAUCCUUACCUUAUUAAUAUUAUGCAUACUUGAAAAAAGUUCACUAGAAACCUAGCUCAGAUUAUGAGCUAAUUUACAAGUGACCUCUGUAAUAAAUGGUAUUGAUCAGAGAAUGUAUUUCAAAAUACUACAGUGUAUUAUGAAGCAUGACCACUUUGUUUUCAAACUUAGCAAUUGCAUUGCUGGGAUUCAUUGUAUUCUAGCAUGUCACUGAUUAUUCCAGUUAGUUUUAUAAUGAUUUUUUAAAAUAUAUCUCUUUUGAAUAAAUAAGAAAUGGAAUAAUUGUUACUAACUUGUUCAACCCUGUAGCCACACUGUAGGCACAGAUAACCAAGAUACAGUGGAAUGCCCCAUGCAGUAUAUUACUGUUACGACAUGAUUGGCUUUGGAAGCAGUUUGAUAUUGAAAUGCUUUGAUAUUCUAAUUGACAUCGAACAAGUUUUAUUCCUGCUCCCCAAGAAGAAUUUUGUAACCCACUUUGCUAUUUUUUUAAACAUUUUGUAAGAAAAAGUCAUUUCUUGGGGAGUGGCCAUCCAUCAACAAAUAUCUUGCUACUUUGUUAUAUAUAAAAUAGUUUCAUUGAACCCAGUGGUAUAAUGAGUAUUCUGAAAGAAGAAAUGUUUUUCAAUAUUAUUUUUAUCAUGGAAAUGUUGAAAUCAGCUUAAGCUAAUUUGGUUUUAUUACAAAAGACUAUAGCUUUUGGUCAGAAUGGUAUUUGGUGAUGGAAACUUGUUCACAAUUUGUUGUUACUGUUGAAAUAUUUGAAUUUUGUCAUUUGAAGCUUAAAUAGUUAAAUAUUUUGAUUUGUUCUGUGCCUUCAGUUUAAAUUAUUUCAGGAUUUUUCAGAUAUGUUUAAAUAAUUCUUGAUGGAAAUAAAAAUCAUCAUUUCCGUAA